UAUUUUAUCAACUGUUUUCAUUCUCUAGUUACACAAUAUAAAUCAUUAUCAUAUCAAUAUAUAUAUAUAUAUAUAUAUGUAUUUAUUUAUCUUUUUGGAAAUGAAAACCCCAUAAAAUGAAGGGCCAUUAAGAUGUUUCAGUGUACAAGCCCGGCUCUGGUUACAGUUUCAGAUGUUGCUUCGGUACUAUAUAUAACACCAUGCAAAGGAACUCUAAUAGGAACUCUGUUUCAUUUCAAGCUUACCUUGGUAAUGACUUUGUUUAGUUUAAUCUAAUGAAAGGUUUGCCCAAAAAGGAACUCUAAUAGGAUUUUCUUAUGAUCUCAAAAUUUUUAUAUAUUCUGAACAAUUUGAGAACUGAUCAUUUGUUUGUGUGAUCCACUUAUGAAUCAGGGGUUUGCGAGGGUGGAGAUGAGAUCAUUGUUUAUGGACUUGACUAUAAAUAACAUUCUUAGAAUGAUGGCUGGGAAACGAUUCUAUGGUGACGGAACAGAGCAAGACGACAAUUCGCGGCGAGUGAGACAUCUGAUUGACGAGGUGGUGGCCAAGGCAGGCGCAGGCAAUGCUAACGAUUAUAUCCCAAUCUUGCGUUGGUUCACAAAUUUUGAAAAACAGGUCAAGAAGUUAGCUGGCCGAGUCGAUGAGUUCUUACAGAGUCUGGUGGAUGAGAAACGUGCUAAUAAAGAAAAGGGCAACACUAUGAUGGAUCACUUGCUUUCUCUCCAAGAAAUGCAGCCAGAUUAUUACACGGAUGUCACUCUGAAAGGAAUCAUAAUAGUUAUGAUUCUUGCUGGAACUGAAACAUUAACAGGGACGUUAGAAUGGGCCAUGUUGAAUUUGUCGAAUCAUCCAGAGGUAUUAAGGAAAGCAAGAACCGAAAUCGAUACCAAGAUCGGUUUUGACCGGUUAAUAGAUGAACCGGAUACUAAAAGUCUCCCUUAUCUCCAAGGGAUUGUGUUGGAGACCUUACGUCUUCACCCGGCAGCUCCGACACUCGUGCCCCACAUGACAUCAGACGAUUGCAUGUUGGCAGGGUACGAUGUUCCACGUGGGACAAUGCUAUUGGUAAACGUUUGGGCUCUGCAUAGAGACCCAUCUGUAUGGGAAGAUCCAGAAAUGUUCAAGCCAGAGAGGUUCGAAAAUGAAAAGGAAAAGCAAAAGGUGUUCUCUUUUGGGAUCGGACGACGAGCUUGUCCCGGGGUCGGGCUAACUCAUCGGCUAGUGAGCUUGGCUCUCGGAUCGAUGGUUCAGUGUUUCGAAUCGGAGAGAACUGGAGAAGAGUAUAUUGAAACUAGAGAAGCACCCAUGAUGUGUCCAGCGACUCUCUUGCUAGCCAUGUGUAAAGCUCGUCCCAUUGUCCAUAAGACUUUCGAUGCUUUUGCUUGAAUGUUGUAACUUUCCUUGAAGGCUAACAUUCAAUGCUUUUGCUUGAGAGCUAAUUUGUCUUUAUGUUCGAAAAUAAUAUAAGAUCAUGUUUCAUUUU